CAAUGUUUUUAUUCUUCUUCUUCUCCUUCUUCUUUUUCCGCGAAAACUCUCCGCUUUUCUCCCUUUCUGUUUUUUCCGUUUUCUGUUUUGGUGACAGUAACUAAAAAUCUCAGACUCAGAUUACUAAACUGUGUUCCCAUAUGACGAUUUUCCUCGAACCAACCCACAAGACCGACGCGUCAUUGCCUACGGCCGCUGCCGAAGUGGAGACCCCCACUCCGGGAGUUGGGUCCGGCGUCUCCUCCAUUUCCAGGCGUUGGAAGAGAGACGAAUUGUUGAAGAAAGUGUCCUUGAUCGCCAGAGGAUUCGCUUUCUUCCUCUCUUUGCUCUCUUUUAUAAUCACCGCUAGCAACAAGCACGGUGACUGGCAAAAUUUUGACAAUUACGAAGAAUACAGGUAUUUGUUGGCGAUUGCAAUUCUAUCGACUUUGUACACGGGUGUACAAGCGUUGAGACACGUGAAUGCGCUUUGGAACGCGAUGCAGAUUUUGGAUCAACGUAUCUCUGCCAUGGUUGACUUCGUUGGGGAUCAGGUGGUGGCAUACUUGUUGAUAUCAUCGGUAUCUGCGGCGAUUCCGAUGACAAACAGGAUGAGACUGGGGGAAGACAACAUUUUUACCGAUUCCUUAGCUUCGGCGAUCAGUGUAUCUUUCUUUGCCUUCCUAUUGCUGGCAAUAUCAGCCCUGAUUUCGGGCUAUAAAUUGUCUACUCAAUCAUACAUCUGAUCAAUUAUUCUAGACCUUUUUCCCGUUGCUCUUUAUUGUAUGUUGGAUUGAUUGCUAUGGAAGCACAUAACAGAAAAUGUGAAAGAAAAUAAUAGAAAGAAGAUUUCACCCUGUCAAAUUCGAAGUUUAUUGAACACCCAAAAUUCGUUUUUCUGUUUUCUACUCUUACAAUCUGCUACAAAGUUGAAAACAACAAAUGAAUAAAUGCACUGAUUCUGUGUGUUGUGUAUUGGAGUCCUAGAGCCUACAGAAUCAAGCAACUAUAUCGAUAGAUAUACCUAAAAUUACAAGCAAAACUAUUUGAUAAACAUAUUCCUACAGUUAAGUUGUUUCCCUUUUCAGGACAAGAAUCCAUCCAAAAA